CAAGAAUGGGGAGCAACCAAUCUCAAGACCAUGAAGAACUCUGGAGGCACAAAGAACAAAUCUAUGAAAGGCUAUCUGGAGAUUUAGACUUUCAACGAGAAACAGGUAAAUUCAACAAUUACUGUAAUGGAACUAUGCGAAAAUUAAGUAACCCUGAAGCAAACCCUAGUUUUCAUGAUCCACUAGAUUCUCCUGGAAGGAGGAGGAAAUAAGAAAGUUCAGCAUGUCGAGCAGAACAAAUCCUGAUUUGCCUGAUAUGUUCCUACCAGGGUUGAUACAAACUUUGAGAAACCCUUUCAAAAAGCCUUGAAGGAUAAGAGUUGGCUCACCGAAUUAGUGGAUGGCUUAACAAAUUUCUCUAAACUUCAGGAAGGCUUUAAAGAAAUUGCUAGAUAUGUUAAACAGAAUAAAGACCAUUUAAAUGAAAAGAGGCAAAUCUUUUAUGAUGAGAUAGAGAUGAUUCGACUAAAAUACGAGUACGGCCGUAAAGCUGCUCUGAGAUAUCAAGAUACUUGAGAAGAAGUUGAUGAAAGCUUCUUGAGAAAAUUCAUUGAUAACAGUAUCAACGUCCAAAAUGAUUUUGAUAAAUAUAAAAGCCAAGGAAGAAUGAGCCAAUUAUCUAUGAGUAAUGCUUCGUUUAAUAUGGCCGCCCAGUAUGGUGAAGUUACUGAUCUCACAAAGACGUUGUAUUAUUGAAUAAAGAAACAACUAGCUAGCAAAUAAUCAUCCUAUACAACUGCUGAAUAAGAAAUUUGCUCAGGUGUUUUGACAAUGUUACCAAAAAUUUGUCGAUCGAAAGAAGGCGAACUCAGUAAGACUAAAGAAAAGACUUGACCAUAUCAAUAAGAAGAUGAAGACCUUUACUCAGCAUGAUUAUCAUGGCUUCCAACAGCUUGACCAUGAUGAGACUACAGAAGGCAGAAUAGGGCCCUCUAUCCAACAGAAUUCUAAUUAUUUCCUGACAGAUCAGGUUGUAGGUGAUGCCAAACAGUUCAUUAAGUUACUCUUAAAAGCGACUAGGCAGUUUUAUCUACCUGUGUUACGCCAUAGCGAAGUUAAUGAACUUAAAGAGGACUUCAUGGAAAGUGUCACUAAUAUGGUCCUAAGUAAAGAAGUCUAUAAGAUCGUCUUCAGCUUCUUCAGACUUGAGUUUACUGAUCUUGAGGAAAACCUCAGACAAAGGUUCAAAGAAUUUAAACGAAUGACCCCUGCUGAGUGAAGAGUCAAUGAAUACUUUAGGUGAGACGCUACUUCUCCCAUACUGAAGAUACACAAGGAUAUCUGUCAUAGUAACCAUGAAGCGAGAAUAUCAGAACUGAUGAGUAUUAAUUUGGAUUACCAGAACCGUCAUUCCAUGUCACAAAGCAGAAGAAUGGAGAAUCCCAAGUCUUUUAUAGAGAAUAAUAAAAUGGUUUUGGAGAGUAUCCCAGAAAGUGCAGAAGAUAAUCAAGACUCUCAGAGUUGUUUUGAUGCUAUUGAGGCUGAGUAUGAACACAGGAGAUCAAGAUCUUUUCAUAAUGAGAGGAAGACCUCUCCACCUCCAGUUGAGAAAGUUAAUAAUCUCCCUAAAAUUUGGGUAAUUGAGAACAGGCUCCGUUUAAAACCCUUCCAGAGAGCUAUUAUAAAGUUGAAAGAGAUAAAUGAAUGAGAAGGCCCAAUGAAAAAGGUGAGACUACUUGAAAAAGUAAACAACAUGAUUCAGCAACACAUACAGAACUUUUGGGAAGGAAUUCCUAUUGAUCCUAACCAUCUGACUAUCACCCAUGAUACAAAGAUUCCUUUGUACAUUUUCAUGAUCAUAAAAUCUAAGAUUGUGAAUUUGGCUGCAAACAUUAAGUUUAUCAACGAAUUCACUACUUCAUAUGUACAUGGGAGUUAUCUUGGGAAUAACCUGGCUCUAUACGAAAGUGCAAUGACAAUAGUGGCUGAUAAAGAAAAGGACACUAUCUACAAUGUCAUCGAUCAAAAUGAAAUAUACAGACAAGCUACUGCCCGAUUUGGAUCAUUUGCCACAAGCGUCUUUAAUGAAGACCUUGACCCAUUUUUUGAGUUCGAAGACAGAAACUCUUUUCUUUAUGAGAGAAUGCGUGAAUAG